CAUUGAUACACUUCUCCUACAAUGGCAUUCAAGUUUGUAGUAUUCGCAUGCCUGGUGGCUGCCGCCAGCGCAGGAGUGUACCCGGCCGCGCCCGUGGCGUACGCCGCCGCCCCCAGCUACGUCGCCCACCAGGCGUACGCUCCCGCCCCAGUGGUGCACUCCGCCCCCCUCGCAUACGCCGCCAAGGUGGUCACCCCCGUCGCCAAGCUCGCCGUCGAAGAGUACGACGCGCACCCCCAGUACAGCUUCGCGUACGACGUGCAGGACGGUCUCACUGGCGACUCCAAGAGCCAGCACGAGAGCCGCGACGGUGACGUCGUGCAGGGCUCCUACUCCGUGGUCGACCCCGACGGCACCAAGCGCACCGUGGACUACACCGCUGACCCGCACAACGGUUUCAACGCCGUCGUGCGCAAGGAGGCUCUCGGACACGUCGCUAAGGUUGUCGCCCCUGUUGCCAAGGUCGUCGCCCCUGUUGCCAAGGUCGUCGCCCCUGUAGCGUACGCUGCCCCCGUCGCUAAGAUCGCUGCCCCCGUAACUUACCACUCUGCCCCCGUCGCAUACGCCGCCCCCAUCGCCAAGAUCGCCGCCCCCGUGGUGCACAGCUCUCCCCUCGCCUACUCUGCUCCCAUCUACCACCAUUAAUUGGUUGGAAAUAUGUA